GUUGAUCUUCGUCAUUUCAAACAACAACCAGGUUCCAGUGACGUUCCAAUCGGUAUAGAUCUAACAGAAUUCUACAAAAGCGUCGAGUGGGACAUCCUUCUAGUUCCAGCCAAGUACAAUAUGGAGUUUUAUGACUGCUGCCCCGAACCUUAUCCCGACAUUACUUUUAACGUUACCAUGCGUAGGAAAACGUUGUUUUAUACGGUCAACCUGAUUAUCCCUUGUGUGGGGAUAUCUUUCUUGACAGUCCUAGUGUUCUACCUACCCUCAGACAGUGGGGAAAAGGUUUCUUUGUGCAUGUCGAUCCUCGUGUCCUUAACUGUAUUCUUCCUGUUGUUGGCUGAGAUCAUCCCUCCUACUUCCCUGGCUGUUCCUCUUCUUGGGAAAUACCUGCUUUUCACCAUGAUACUGGUGACUUUAUCAAUAUCAGUGACGGUUGGGGUUCUCAAUGUCCACUUCCGGUCACCGUCUACCCACACCAUGUCUCCUUGGAUCAGAAGGGUGUUCAUUCAUAUCAUGCCACGCCUCUUGCUCAUGCAGAGACCACAUUUUACGUCCGAUGACGAACAGGGGCAGCCCCUGAAGUUCCUCUCCAGAAGUUGUAACGGAGUGGAAGUGAGAAGAGAUUCCUUCCUUCAGAUUCCUCGCUCUGCCCGAGAUCCCGAUCCCUUUACAUACCGAGGACACGAGAGUCCUGAAGAAGCGGAGGCUCUGUCAGGAGGAAGAUACUACACUCACAGACAACACCAUCCUGAAAUUAAUCAAGCAAUAGAAAGCAUAUUACUCAUUGCUGAACACAUAAGGAAAGCAGAUGAAGAGGAGAGUGUGGUGGAGGAUUGGAAGUUCGUAGCCAUGGUCCUGGACCGUUUCUUUCUUUGGGUCUUUACAAUCGCCUGUGCUGUAGGAACAUGUGGAAUCAUCUUUCAAGCUCCUUCUCUUUAUGACAGCACAAUCCCAAUAGACAACCUGUCAAGAAUCGGAAGAGAAUUAUAAUUUAGUUAGGUUUUUACAUUAUCUUCUGAUCGUUUCAACGUUGUUAUUCAGCCCUAUAUGGCAGCUAUGUGUAUGGGUAGUGCUUUCAAAACCUUCUAGUUCUCCUUUUGUUUAGUUUUUAGUUUUUACAACCGCUAAACAAGAAGUUAAACGUUGUAUUUGUAGCUUUCUGCAGCUAAAAAUGGUAAAGAAGAGAAUUAUUCUACAUAAGCUACAAUUCUCUUCCAAUCACUUUUCCUUUCCAGGCGUCUCCCGAGUGUGUUAUCAAGUUCAGAAUUUUCUCCAAUCUUGUGACGUCAUUAUUCUUGGUGGACUCGUGGUAAUUUCUGCUAUAACAGUCAAUCAGUUUUGAAAAGUGACAAAUUCCACGGAAUAUAACACGUUCCUCUCUAAUGCUCAAGAGCUACCAAGAUUUGGUAAAUGAAAUAAAUGUUUCUAAAUCCA